UGAGCCCACGAGGGAGAGGAAGGCCGAGAAAUCUCGAGUUCUGUUCUUUACUUUUUAUACAAAUAGACCUAUCAUUUCAUGGGGAAUGGAAAGUUCGGUGGCCAUUUUUACCCAGGGUUAUACAUUUUCUUCUAUGGAUUGUAUCAGGCAAUAGUGGUCUCCAAGGCCAUGAUAGCUAAUGACUCUACUGUUCAUCGUUCAUACCUUCCCAAGAAUCAAAAGAGAUGUUCCAAGCUGUGGAAAAUAGCCUUUGGAGGCUGGCUGAAGAUAGUGACUGGGUUCCUCUUAACACUGUAUGUGGUCUUCUGUCUGGAUGAUGGGAUGGUGCUGAUCAACAAAGAGACGCCUCCAAGGUUUAUGUACCCUCAAGAGUGGCAGCACCUCACCAUGUUCAUCCUCCUCACCCUUGACGGCUGUGUAGACGUCUUGAGCAAGAACGUGCUGCAGCAGAGGUGUGUGGCCCUCGAGAAAGCUUCCAUGGCCCUGGGCAUCUAUGUGCUCCUGCUGCUGCUGCUGUCACAUGUUCAGGUCUCAUCAAAGGUGGAGCUGCGCGUUCACUGUCUCCUCAUCCUGGUGGUGUUCCUGCUGAUGCUGGUGUUGACGGCAGAGCUGUGGGCUAAUGGGUCCUUUUACCUCCAGCUGAUCAAGAACUUCCUGUUUCUGAUGAUGGGCUCGUGGCUGAUGCACACAGGCUUUAUUCUGUUUAGACCCAUCUCUGGCUACCCGUGGAAGGAUGAUGAUAUCAUGUUUGUCACCACCUUCUUCUGCUGGCAUGUGGUGAUCAAUGCCUUAUGCCUGUUGGGAGUCUAUGGCGGCAUCUCUUCCUUUUGGUGCCGUUGUUACAGUCCCAGCUUGAGGCUGAUGGGGUCCAAGGAAGUGCUGUAUCAUGGGAGCUCCUCAGGAACAUUUUACAGGCUGCUGCGGGAUGCAGAGCAGCAGGAAAAGGAUGACUGGGCUCUUCUUUCAGAGAGCCCUGGCUGUGACAGGCCCUAGAAUGCAUGCAGUACUCCGUCUUCCUCCUGGGGGCUCUCUAGGGCAUUUGUCAUGCACCCUUUGUUCCUCACUAAAGGUAAUGGCCCUGGAGCAUGCUCACUAGUCCCGCCUGUUAUGCCUAGCAUUGACUCUCUAACUGUUGAGGAGAGGAAAGGAUAGCCUGGAAGAGUGGCAUAGCCCAGGUUAUGCUGGUCAGGAGAAGUGAGAAGGCAAAGUGGACUAAGAGGGUUGAGAAGACUGGGCUAUAAGAGCUGCCCAUAGUGGGAAGACUUGACAGGACACCUGCGAACAGAGGAGCCAAGUUCAGUAGGGAUGCCACCUCUAAAUGCUUCUCAAAGUUCUGGCCAAGGAAUAAAGACUUCUCACAAAUGGAAAUGGAAGUGGUGGGUGCCCCUGUUGGCCAGUUAAAGUGAUACUGUGUGGAAACAGCAUAAAUAUGUGUAUAGUACAAUUCACUAUUCCGUUUGGAUGGAAUGAUAAGAAUCCCAUGUAUGUACAAUUUAAUGUGGGUGGAUUAGCAUUGUUUUAAAUAUAAAUAAAGAAUUAA